CUGGUCUAUCACUCCUCUCAUGUAUCCAGCCUCCUUCUUGUUCAGUGUCCCCAGCACUGCCUAUGUUGUCCUUACCUCAAUCAACCUCUUCAUCGGGAUCAACGGCAGCAUUGCCACCUUUGUCUUGGAGCUGUUCGUAGAUCAGGUGGGUCUUGGAGUUCACUAUUAUAUUUUAUCAGGGCUACUGAUUAGUCCCAGGGACACUCCUGAUAUAUUUACAUCCAACACUAGGUCCGCUGUGGCUAUCUGGUUACAUGGGACAACAGUGUACUCCUUUGAGUGUAUUUCUCAACUUGCUUGCACCACUGCAAUUGCAAAAUGGAUGCCAGUGAUAAAACUAUCUGAUAAACAAAUCAGAGAGUGAAUGUGAAUGUUCUAUGGUAUUCAGAGGUGAACUUGUCUUUCUGCUUUUCAGCACUUGAACGAUGUCAACAAGAUAUUGAAGGAAGUCUUCCUGAUCUUCCCCCACUUCUGUCCGGGCCGAGGCCUCAACUACAUGGCCAAGAACCAGGCUACGUCAGAUGCUUUUCAGAGACUGGGUAUGAUAAUACUCUUGUUCAGACAUUCAAACUCAAAUCAGUGCCAAUGACAUCAUAAUCUCUUUUUUAUAUCGAUAUCCUCUCUCAACUCCUGUGCUUUACACUCAAGCUUAUUGUCCCUCAGUCACUUACCGGUAGCGCAAUGGUUCCAAAGCAUUUAUUUGGACAGGGACCCACCUUAAGGCUUUUUUGGUGUACUUAUGAGUCACCAAGUGGCUUUCAUUUUGGAAACACCGACUUAGUCUUUCUGCAGUCCUCUCGAAUAGUGAGGUCGGACUAUUUAAUAUCAGUGUAGAGGAAGCAGUUGUAGUUUGAGGUACUUGAAGUUUACUUUGGGUGCCCAUGUCCACAGGCACCAAGCAGACCCUGGACCCCCUUGAAUGGGACUUUGUGGGGAAGAACUUGUUUGCCAUGGCCGUGGAGGGAGUCGUGUUCUUUCUCAUCACAAUACUGCUACUGUACAAGUUCUUCAUCAACUGCAGGUAGGUAAUGUGACCUCUUCUGCAAGGACAGUGUAUGGAUGUCAAAACAUAUCCUGGCAUCAGUUGGUCAAAUGUAAUCUCAUUUGGAUACUGUGCUUGUCAAAUGCAUCUUUCCUCAUUCUUUGCUCAAGAUGAUUACUGAUUGCAAUGUGAUUAGAUAUGGAGUGAGCCACCUCCACACAAUGUAAAAGCACUUUAAGACAUGUUGAAAAAAGCUACAUAAUCACAUCCAUUACUAUAGGAUUACUAUCAUAAUAGGUGAAAGCUGUACAGUGAAUCCCAUGCUUCCUCUUACUCCAUAGUGUCAAAUCAGUGACAUCUCCGGCCCAGUCAUAGACUUAGAUUCUCAUUCUAUUUUUAUAGGCUCAAUUCAAGUCAGGUCAUAUUGCUCAUACGUCUUUCCUUUCAGGUCCUGCUCUGAGCCUGAGCUGCCCCCUCUUGGUCCAGAGGAUGAAGACAUCGCCAGGGAGAGAGAUGGUGAAGAUUGUGAAAGCCCAGGCGGAUACACUCACCAUUUGUAUUUGAAUUUAUUAUGGAUCCCCAUUAGCUGCUGCCAAGGCAGCAGCUACUCUUCCUGGGGUCCGGGAAAAUUAAGGCAGUUAUACAAUUUUAAAAACAUUACAAUACAUUUAUUACAGACUUCACAACACACUGUGUGCCCUCAGGCCCAUACUCCACUACCACAUAUCUACAACACAAAAUCCAUGUGUACGUGUGUGUAUAGUGCGUAUGUUAUCGUGUGUGUAUGCAUGUGUUUGUGUAGCUCCACAGUCCCCGCUGUUCCAUAAGGUGUAUUUUUAUCUGUUUUUUAAAAUCUGAUUCUACAGUUACCUGAUGUGGAAUAGAGUUCCAUGUAGGCAUGGCUCUAUGUAUUACUGUGCGCCUCCCAUAGUCUGUUCUGGACUUGGGGACUGUGAAGAGACCUCUGGUGGCAUGUCUUGUGGGGUAUGCAUCGGUGUCUGAGCUGUGUGCUAGUCAUUUAAACAGACUGCUCGGUGCUUUCAACAUGUCAAUACCUCUCACAAAUACAAGUAGCGAUUAAGUAAAUCUCUCCUCUACUUUGAGCCAGAAGUGAUUGACAUGCAUGUUAUUAAUGUUUGCUCUCUGUGUACAUCCACAGAAAAUAUACCUCUGAUGAUAUCACAUAUAUUAUCGAGCAUUUCACACAUGUUAUCCAGAUACUGACUGUUAGCACUUAGUGGUCUAUAGCAGCUUCCCACAAUAAUGGGCUUUAGGUGAGGCAGAUGAACCUGUAGCCAUAUUACUUCAAUAGUAUUUAACAUGAGAUCCUCUCUAAUCUUUACAGGAAUGUGGUUCUGAAUAUAAACACCAACACCUCCACCACUGGCAUUUGUAUUUUCUGUAAGUGUUAUAACCUUGUAUUGCUACCACUGUAUCAAAGGUAUUGUCUAAGUGAGUUUGAGAGAUAGAAUAUGAAUGUCAUUUGUUACUAGCAAGUUAUUAAUUUCAUGAACCUUGUUUCUUAAGCUACAUAUGUUAAUGUGGGCUAUUUUGAGCACUUUUCUGGGAUGCUUGCUUGUUUUCAUUUCUUUACUGGGAAGCUUAGCAGAAGUAGAUAUUCUCAUGUUAUUUAUGUUAGUGCAGGGUGAGCUGCACACAGUGGACUUCCUACUAGGGUACACCGCCUCAGUGCUAACAGCAUAAAUCUGGUUCAUAGGCACAUUGAUUGCAGACAAUAGCUGUAGGAUCAGCAGAGGCAUUCAGGGCAGUUAGAGGGACAAAAAGUAGGUUACUUACAUUGUGUCUACCAAUGGAGCGUUGGGACAGUAACCGAAAGGUUGCUGGAUCGAAUCCCCGAGUUGACAAGGUAAAAAUCUGUAGUUCCAUCCACAUUUCAGUUGAAUGCAUUCAGUUGUAUAACUGACUAGGUAUCCCCCUUUCCCUUUCCCUUCCAAUGCCCCUGGUAUAAUGUACAUUUGCUAAAGCAUUAUGAUGACUCAGCGACACAAUGGUAGGGAUUAACUGAGUUGGGCUUGGGUCAUUGAGAAGUCAUUAUCUCAACGCAGCCAUGAUGGACCUGAGCAAGACAAGUAAAACACCCUAUGGACUUAUGAAUGAGUUGUGCUAUUAUACGUUUUUGCAACGUUUUGGUUGGUCUUUCAAGGUGUUAAACAGAUUACCCUGUUUGUGCAGGUGUACAAAGCUGGCAAGAAGCCAGCAGUGGAUUGUCUGUGUUUGGGAAUCCCUCGUGGAGAGGUGAGAAAUAGAGCUGUGUUUCUGUCAGCCACAAAACUACUGUUGACUCUUUAGAGCACUUAGCGAGUAUCACACUAUGCAUGUAAUAGGUAGGUGUGACUGUGAGUGUUGUUUUCUCUGCCUCCCCCUGUCAGUGCUUUGGGCUGCUGGGGGUGAACGGGACCUCCACGUUUCGCAUGCUUACUGGAGACACCGUGAUCACCUAAGGAGAAGCAUUUCUCAGUUAUCACAGGUAAUAGUAAGCCCAGUUUGAUAUACCAAACAUGUUUGCACCUUUCUUCCUGUUGUUUUAUGACAUCAUUCAUAUGCUUAGUGACUGUGAAAAUAAAAAGUAAUAUGAAUAAUGUAUUAUUGAGCAAGGUGUAAUCUCUGGCCUAAUGUCUUGGGAUAUUGUGAGAAAUACUUUUAAUGACACAAGAGGCAGUGAAAGUGGAAAUACUGAGUCUAGAAAUGCUGUUCUCACAUUUAUUUCAUACCUAAUGAUAAUUCCUACAGCACUAAUCCUAUAUUAUGCCUAUACUCUGAUGUGAUGUGUAGUGUGCUGACUAAGAUGGAGCGGGUCAACCAACUGAUGGGCUAUUGCCCCCAGUUUGAUGCCAUCUGUGACCUGCUGACUGGCAGGGAGCACCUGGAGUUCUACACCAGGCUCCGAGGGGUGCCAGAGGACUCUGUGCCAAGGUAUGUAAUGCACACACAAACACAUCAUACACACAUGAUCUAGCUACACACCAAGUGAAUUGGGUAAGAAUUCACCCACAUUUCAAGAGUUUGGGACUAUAAGGUUCUAUCUGCAUUUGUCAAAAUUGAGGUACUGACACAGCCUUGUUCUGUUCAAUGUUCCCUACCUAUUUAGUACUCUAAAUACCCAAUUCAUGUUAAGUUCAAAAGAAUACUAGAUCAAAAUUGCUGACACCAUUCAAACCAAUGAGGGUUCGGAACUUUAAAGACAAUUAUCUCAGAAUCAUCCUUUUGCAGAUAGAACCGUAUAGUCCCAAGCUCUCGAUUUGUCUCACGAAAAAUUUAACAUUUGCCCCUCUAAGGUGGCUCAAUGGGGAGCGAAGAAGCUUGGGCUGACCCAGUACGCAGAGCGAGAGGCCUGAGGCUACAGUGGAGGCAAUAAAUGCAAACUCUCCACUGCCAUCUCCCUGAUCGGAGCUCCUCUUGUUAUAUUCCUGGUAUGUAUGAGAGAAAGGAGUGAGUAGAUUUGUUGAUGCUUUCCUUUUCUCAUCUCCAGUUAUGUCUGUACUCCUGUUUUAUAGGAUGAACCCACCAAUGGCAUGGACCCCAUGGCCAAAAGAUUCCUGUGGAACUGCAUCCUGAGCGUCAUCAAGGAGGGAAGGGCUGUUGUUCUCACGUCCCACAGGUAGGGGACGCUAUUCAUGCCAACUAGACACCCUCCCCUGGCCUUUAAACCCCUUGGUCUAUUGUUUUGACAUACCUGAACCUUGGCUAAUAAUGGGGUGUUUUGCUGUAUGUGUGUGAGCAGGGGAAUGUGAAGCUCUCUGCACCCGAAUGGCCAUCAUGGUGAACGGCAGGUUCCAGUGUCUGGGCUCCGUUCAGCACCUUAAGAACAGGUACAAGAUUGCUACUGAUUUGACUAAUAUCAUAUCUUUAUAAGGUGUCUUAGUGUAACAUGCAUGAUCACUGUCAAUCAGUGGCGGUCGGUGCCGUUUAUGAUGAGGGAGGACAAUGUUUUUAAAGAGCAUGGCCUUAUUUCUAUUACAGCAUAUUGAAUGACUGUCAUUCAUAUCCCAUUCACCCAGCUCAAUGUAGCAUCGAUAGGUUUAGGCUACUACAUGAUACUCUAAUUUUCCCUGUAUCCAUCAUGAGGUUGGUACAACCCAGCCUAUGAAUGAAAGUUUACAACGUAGGUGCACAGGUCAAGAGAAAUGUGAGUAAUCAAGGAGACAGACAUUGACAUAUUCAAUUCCGCCUUGCACAAUCUUACCUGCUUCUAGCUAAUCUAGGGUGUAAUCAUUAGUCCAACAGAUGCAAACAAGAGUUUCUAUUGGACCCAUUCAGGUAGGUUUAUCCCAGUUUCGUUCCAUUUGCUUCCGUUUAAGAAACGUUUUUCAACAGAAUCGGCGGAAUGAAUAUACCCCUGAUCACACGCAACACAGUUCACUUUCAUAGCAGCCAGAUCAUUGUAGAAUUCCUUCUCACAUCUACGCGGUCUCCUCCUCUCACCUUUUCCUUUCGCAUGUGGACUUCAGUGCACAACACAUCAGCUGUCUGUAACCAGGCAAGCUAUCAUAACCGCUACACAACUUACAUCAUUGUCACCAUAUUAGCUAACGUCAAGUCAACAACAUAACUACUAGAACUAAUGCGUUAGUAAACCUGCUACAAUCAUGGAGUACAGUUAGUAAGCAGUUUAGCAGUUACACCGGCAGGGCCCCGGUGGCAAUAAAUUAAUAAAACCAAAAGCUUACCUUGACUUGGAAGAGUUCCAGUGUUGGAUAGCCAUAGUAAGCUAGGUAACAUAGCAUCCCUCUCUGUUUGAGCCGGGUGUUUGAGUAGGCUAAACUAGCUAGCUGCAUUCACUAGUUAAGUGAGAGAAGAAAAACCAAAUAUAGCUCUCGCGUCUCCAUUUUUUCAGAACUUAAUUUGUUCAAAACUGUUCAACUGUUGUCUUUCUCUCUUUGAGUCAACUACUCACCACAUGUUAUGCACUGCAGUUUCUAGCUAGCUGUAGCUUAUGCUUUCAGUGCUAGAUUAAUUCUCUGAUCCUUUGAUUGGGUGGACAACAUGUCAGUUCAUGCUGCAAGAGCUCUGACAGGUUGGAGGACGUCCUCCGGAAGUUGUCAUAUUUACUGUGUAAGUCUAUGGAAGGGGGUGAGAACCACGAGCCUCCUAGGUUUUGUAUCGAAAUCAAUGUACCCAGAUGAGGACGGAAACUAGCUGUCCUCCAGCUACACCAUGGUGCAACCCUACAGAGGACUGUUGAGGCUACUGUAGACCUUCAUUGCAAAACAGUGUUUUAAUCAAUUCUAUUUAGUAUAGUUUUAUCUAAAAAGGAUAACUUUAAUGUUUCACUAUUUUUACUUUUCUGAAAUUCACUGAGGAUGGUCCUCCCCUUCCUCCUCUGAGGAGCCUCCACUGAUGUCAAUGUAUAGAUAUUACCACACCUCAAAUGAGCUUGAACUCAGUGAUACUUCAUAGGCUUUCACUCUCCAAUAUCCUUAUGAUACAGACCUAACCCUUUAUAAAGACCAACGCAUGAUAUAAAUCUCCAUAAACAUGUAAUACAGUACCUAAAACAGCACUCCUUUAAGUCUUUCAAAUCCCACACCUCUCCCCUAUUUCAACGUUGCCAUUUUCUCCUCAGGUUUGGGGACGGCUACAUGAUCAUCCUGCGCCUGGUGGGGACCAAUCCACCCAAGCCUCCCGUGCCCUGUGGACACCCACAUCAAGGGCUCCUUCCCAGGCAUCGAGCUGAAGGAGAGGCACCAUAAUGUGCUGCAGUACCAGCUGCCCUUCCACGCCUGCAGCCUGGCACGGGUCUUUGACAUGCUGUCCAACAACCACGAGGAGCUGGGCAUCGUCAACUACUCUGUGUCACAGACCACCCUGGACCAGGUUGGGGUCGGUCAGUUGGUCACAGAGGCUGGUCACCAGGACUAGUAAAGACUCCCAACAUGUGAGGUGAUUUAGCAAGGGGAAUGGUGAAGGGUAGGUUAUUACAUUGAAUAGGCUAACAGGUUGAAAUCAAUUAAUUUCACCAAUUUAAUUCCCUGUGGUGCAUUUGGAACGGUGCACAUUUAUACUGUUGUUCCUCCCUCUAAGCAACUAUUUUAAUUUGCCUUAUUUUGUCCUGGACAUACCCUGCCCCUGUGUUAACCAUUCGAUGUGUGUGCAUUACCCUGAGUGGCGCAGUGGUCUAAGGCACUGCAUCGCAGUGCUAACUGUGCCACUAGAGAUCCUGGUUCGAAUCCAGGCUCUGUCGCAGCCGGCCGCGACCGGGAGACUCAUGGGCGGCGCACAAUUGGCCCAGCGUCGUCCAGGGUAGGGGAGGGAAUGGCCGGCAGGGAUAUAGCUCAGUUGAUAGAGCAUGGCGUUUGCAACGCCAGGGUUGUGGGUUCGUUUCCCACGGGGGGCCAGUAUAAAAAAAAAAAAAAAAAAAAAAAAAAAAAAUGUAAUCACUAACUGUAAGUCGCUCUGGAUAAGAGCGUCUGCUAAAUGACUAAAAUGUAAAUGUAUGUUACCCCCUCUCCCCACCCUGCAGGUGUUUGUCAACUUUGCCAAGGAGCAGAGCGAUGACGACCAGCUGAGGGAAGUGAUGGUCAACGGUGGGACACUAGCAGCUCAACCAAGCAGAGCGGUCAAGGCCCAGCCCUCCCAACAAGGGCAGUCUGGUAAUCCAGGCCAAAAAAACAAGCCUCCCCAGUCUGGCAAGUCCUCAGACGGCAGACCCAGAGAGACCAAACCAAAGGGGGUCACGGACAGUGGCAUGGCGAUGACAAGCAGGCCAUAACAAAAAGAAGAAAAACAACAGCUACAGGAGAAAGCCUAGUCAAGCAGGGGAUCGAGCAGGGGAGAGUCGUAUAGUAAGAGGUCAAGCAGGGAAUCAUCCACCAACGGAUCCAAGGGCACAAGGGAGACUUCAGGCAAUAAGGAUCCGACCAGUCUGUUCCUAAUGGGUAGCAACACACAAGACCAC